ACGACGCUGCAAAGCUACAAGUGUAGAGAGAGAAAGAGCGCGCUCAGCAACUAGUGUAGAGAGAGAGAGAGAGAGAGAGAGAUCAGAAAUGCUACGAAACUUAUUAGCUAGAAGGAUUCAGUUACCGGCUUCGAGCCGAUCAAUUUCACGGCGGCGGAGGCAGAAUUUACCCCUCUGCCCGUCCCGAUACUUGUGCUCUAGUGUACUGCCCGAUACGCUUGACCGGACCUCCGACUCCUAUGCCCGCAACUCUGAAGCCAUGGAAGGCCUAAUUUCUCAACUACACUCUCAUAUUCAGAAGGUGAUGAAUGGCGGAGGAUCGGAGGCUGUGAAACGGAACAGAAGUAGGAAUAAGCUUCUUCCUAGAGAUAGAAUUGAUAGUUUGAUUGAUCCUGGUUCUUCGUUCCUUGAGCUUUCUCAGCUUGCUGGCCAUGAGUUGUAUGAUGAUCCAUUACCAUCCGGUGGAAUAAUUACCGGUUUUGGUCCGGUGCAUGGGAGGCUCUGUGUGUUUGUUGCCAACGACCCCACUGUAAAAGGUGGGACGUACUUUCCCAUCACUGUGAAGAAACAUCUUAGGGCACAAGAGAUUGCUGCUCAGUGCAGAUUACCCUGUAUGUAUCUUGUGGAUAGUGGAGGUGCUUUCCUUCCAAAGCAGGCUGAGAUCUUUCCGGACAAAGAAAAUUUUGGUCGAAUCUUCUAUAAUCAAUCUCUCAUGUCGGCUGAUGGUAUCCCUCAGAUUGCAUUAGUACUUGGCUCUUGCACAGCUGGUGGGGCUUACAUUCCUGCUAUGGCUGAUGAAAGUGUGAUGGUGAAAGGGAAUGGAACAAUAUUUCUUGCUGGACCUCCACUUGUAAAGGCUGCUACUGGGGAGGAAGUUUCUGCUGAAGAUUUGGGGGGUGCAUCAUUGCAUUGCAGGACAUCGGGUGUUUCAGACUAUUUUGCUCAAGACGAACAUCAUGCACUGGCUAUUGGCAGAAAUAUAGUUAAAAAUCUGCAUAUGGCUGGCAAUAUGGGUACACAGCACCAAAGAAUAUCUGAUUUCAAGGAGCCUCUCUAUGAUGAAGCUGAACUCCGUGCCAUUGCACCGACCGAUCUUAAGCAGUCAUUUGACAUCCGAUCAGUUAUUUCACGUAUUGUUGAUGGUAGUGAAUUUGAUGAAUUCAAGAAAUUGUAUGGAACUACACUUGUGACAGGCUUUGCAAGAAUAUGUGGCCAACCUGUUGGCAUUAUUGGGAAUAAUGGAAUUCUGUUCAAUGAAUCUGCGGUGAAAGGAGCUCAUUUUAUUGAAUUAUGUACUCAACGAAACAUCCCAUUGAUCUUUCUUCAGAAUAUUACUGGAUUUAUGGUUGGCUCUAAAUCCGAGGCAAAUGGCAUAGCAAAAUCUGGAGCUAAAAUGGUGAUGGCAGUUUCAUGUGCAAAGGUUCCAAAGAUAACAGUGGUUGUUGGUGGAAGCUUCGGAGCUGGAAACUAUGCAAUGUGUGGGCGAGCAUACAGUCCUGAUUUUAUGUUCUUUUGGCCAAAUGCUAGAAUAUCAGUAAUGGGUGGACCUCAGGCUGCAGGCGUGCUGGCUCAGAUAGAAGGGGCCAGCCGGAAAAAGGCUGGAAAUCCGUGGAGCAAGGAAGAGGAGGAGAAGUUCAAGGCAGGAGUGGCGGAGGCAUACGAACGAGAAGGUAGUGCAUAUUACUCGACAGCAAGGCUUUGGGAUGACGGCAUCAUCGACCCAGCUGAUACGAGGAAAGUGUUGGGUCUCUGCCUUGCUGCUGCGACGACAAACCGCAAGCCUGAGAGCACCAAAUAUGGCGUCUUUAGAAUGUAAUGCUGAUCUCCGAUAAAGAACAAACUGGGCACAAAUAGUUGGAGUUGAUUUUAGAGGGCUGUAAAGGAAUGGAGGAAACUCUAUCUGCUGUUUGGAGUGGUGGAUGAAUAAAAAUUUGUUGUCAAUUUUCAUAUGUUCAUUUAAUAAGUACUAUUUUUACCCA